UCCACCCGCGCACGUGGAUCUGACCUUUCACCUUCAGACACUUAUCAUAAAAUAAAUAAAUAAAAAUUGUAAUAAUAACCGCCUCACCUGAACCCUAAUUCUUGCAACAUUUUUUUUAAUCUUUGGAAUUUUGUUUUGACACUACAGAGUUUCCAUAUCCAUUUCUACAACUUUUUCGCUCCUCUGUAUCUGGUUCCGGAAUUCAAUUCCUCUCUCUCUUCGUAUCUACUAAAAUGGUAUAGAGAGGAAAUAUUACUUUUUAGCAGUUCAAGCUCGAAAGCUCUCAUCUUCUUGAUCAGUUCAAAGCUAAGUUUUUUUACGUGGGAGGCUGAUUUUCUUGAGGAAGUCUCAGGGUUUUUUUUCUCUGAAAAAAUGAAAGAAAAUGUGCUGGACGGAAUGAAAUCAAAGAGCCCUGUUGUUAGAAGUUUAAAUCAAGGCUCGAAGUUUUCCAUGUUGAUGGAUGGUGUGGGUUCAGCUGAAAAUAGCAGAGAUAAGGGGGUUAGGGUCUCUACAAAUGGGAACAAAGAUUUAUGUGGCGGCAAUUUGGAUGAAGUUGUUACAGUAGUUAAAAGCGAGGUCAUUGAUACUGAAGUCAAAGCUAAAAAUGGAAGUGAUAGUGAGGGUGUGGAAGAAAUGGCUGGCGAUGGUAUUGGCAGUGGUGAUGAAGAUGAUGAUGGUGUUUCACUUCUUGCUGAUAUUAGUACUGAAAUGGGGAAACUGGAUGCAAAAGAAAUUAGGGAUUUCAGUGAGAGGGAGGGAAAUAGGCAAAAUCCUCAUGAGUUGAAUGACAGCAACGAUGAGGAUGAGGGUUUCAGUAAUGGAGAGUAUGAGUUUUGUGUGGGUGAUUUUGUUUGGGGCAAGAUUAAGAGUCAUCCAUGGUGGCCAGGACAAAUUUAUGAUUCUUCCUAUGCUUCAGAUUAUGCAUUGAAGGUAAGGAAAAGGGAUAGUCUUCUUGUGGCAUACUUCGAUGGAACUUUUGCUUGGUGUCAUCCAUAUCAGUUGAAGCCUUUUGUGGAGAAUUUUGAGGAGAUGUCAAAGCAGAGUACAUCAAAGAACUUUGCCAGUGCUGUUCAGAAAGCGGUGGAUGAGAUUGGUAGACUUAUGGAAUUGAAGAUGACCUGUUCUUGUAUACCAAAAGCAAGUUUGGUUAGACUUGAACGACCGUUGACCACAAAUAGUGGGAUUAAGCAAGGAGCUUUUGUGCCUGAAUGUGGAAUUUCAAAACUUUGGACCUAUCUUUUUGGACCAUCAGAAUGCCUUACUGAACUAAAACGUGUUGCCCAAGUUGUUUCUAUGACUAAUAUGCUUGAGUUCACAGAGUUAAAGUGCUGGCUUUCGGCUUUUUAUCAUACCAAAGGGGGGUAUCAGCUCGCUUUAUACCAUGAACCGCAGCCAAUUCCAGGGCUCGAAGACAACAAUCAAAAUGGAGUGUUGGACAUAGUUCACGUCAAGGACAUGACAGAAGUCCCUAGCAAAGGCCCUGUGGAAGAAGAAAUCAAUUUGUCCUUGCUGAAGAAGUGCCUAGAGGCUCCAGAGAAUGGGCAAUACCACAGAAGAAAACAGAAAAGCAUUGCUGAAAUUAUGGAAGGAGAUGUGGAUGAGCAAGCCAAAAAUGUGGGGGAGGAUUCAGGGAAAGAGAGAACUGGCUCAGGAAAUCAGGUAACGUCAUCUGGAAGGAGGAAGAGGAAAGGCAACGAUGAAGCCAAUGUUGGGAGUAGUUCAAGUUCUAAACCAAAGAGAAGGAAAGUGACUAAGCUUUUAGAAACUACGCAAGUUACUGUGAGUGAAAUCGAUGGUGAAGAAAGGGAUGGUGUCACGCCAGAGGAAGAAAUUCAAAAGGUUCAUCUGUCAAGGGAGAAGAGGAAGAGUAAAGGCUCAAGCACUGAAAAUGAUGCUGGUGGGAGCAAAGAAGGAAGGAAUGCCAGCCCUAUUUCUAGAGAAAGGAAGAUGAUUCAAAAAGAUGAUGGUGAGUCCAAAGACCACAAUGAGAAGGGCUUCCUGUCAAGGGAAAGGAAGAAGAGCAAGUACCUGUCACCUCCUUACAUUAAUACAGAUAGGAGGCAAAACAAAAGAGACAUGAUAGCCGAAUAUUUGAAAAUUUCUAGUGAAGCUCAAGUGGCACUGGAGAUGACAAAGGCUUCUGACAGUGUUAUUGAGUCUGGGUCUCCUCCAAUUAAUUUGUGUAGUGAUCAGGUGGUACAGAAGAAGGACUCUAAAGAUGUUGGUGUAGGGCAUCAGACAUCUGAUGCCCUAAGUCCUGAAACAGUACAACUAGAUCACAACACAAACAUUGAUGCAAAGAAAGUUAAGGUAUCCUCUAAAAAAAUCAUAUCUGGAAUCCGCUCAAUUGCAGUUGAUCUAAGUUCUUUAAAGAAUAAUCAUUCUCUUGAUGUGAUUGGGGAGUUUCUUUACGCAUUUAGAAGCUCAGUCUAUUGCAAUGGAUCCAACUACCAAAUUUACAACAAAAGUCAGCCUCGUAGAAAGAGAAAGACACUAGAACGUGAACCCAGUUCUUCAGCAAACCAUCAGAAUCAAACCAAUCAAAAGCCCCCGGAACAGACAACUCGGCGAAAAAAACUCAAGGAGAAUGAAGAUGAAAAAUUGGAUACAUUGAAACUCAAGCACUCUGCAGCGGCACCUCCAGUAAAGACAAGAGAAGGGGAAAUUGAUGGUAAAGCAAAAUCAUCUAAACCAAAGCAAGCUGCAAGAGUAGAGGAUAAGAAGAGGGACGAUAAAGAAACUGAUGAGGAACCAACACAAAAUAAAAAUGCCAAUGAGAAGAAAUCAGGUGGGAAAGCCUCACCUGCAUCACUCUCUGUGACAUUUGGCCCAGGAUCUGAGCUGCCUUCUAAAGAUGAUCUUAUCAAAAUGUAUAGCAAGUUUGGAUCUCUGAAUGAAGAAGAAACAGACAUGUUCUAUAACAAUUUCGGAGCCCAGAUUGUUUUUCUAAGAAGCUCCGAUGCAGAAGAAGCCUUAAAAAGUUCUGAGAUCAGCAGGCCCUUUGGAAACUCUAAUGUCAAAUUCAGGCUUCAGCAUUGCUCCUCUCCAUCCAAGAUGCGGAAACGUAAGGAGAUAUCAAAUGCAAAAUCUAUUUCAGCUAGUGAGAGUAAAACACCGGAAAAGAAAUCUGCUUCUAAAUCAACUGUUGAUGAGUCCUCACCAUUCAACUAUGUAAGACAGAAACUGGAGAUGAUCGCUUCAGUGCUGGAGAAAUCAGCUGGAAAGAUGACACCUGACUUGAAAUCCAAAUUAGAGGGCGAGGUAAAUGGCCUCUUGGAAAAGGUAAAAGCCGUGGUUAGUUCUGCACCAUCUUAGAUUUGACCAUGAAAGCAUAAUAUUUAGUUUUUCGAUUCACAGAACUACCAUUUACUAUACAUAAGUGCUGAUGCAUGUGUAGAUGUAGAGAUAGUAAUUACUACUCCUUAGAUUGUUGUAUGGAUGUAGGAGUAAGUUCACCGAAUUCUCAUUUGUGUAAAAGGUAUGAUACAGAGGGCUUGCUUUAGUUAUAGUUGUGAACUAUUGCAUUUAGUUAUCCCUACAGAGUUACCAUUUAGUGAUUCACUGCCUGGAUCAUAAGAAGUCAUUAUUCAGCCUUUAUUUGCUAAUACAAGAACAACAAAUGCUUUUUGAA